AAGCAGUAUAUUUUGCUUUGGACUGAUUAUUUGCUUAAGCUUUUGAAUUGGUUAUGGUAAGACGGCCAACAUUGCAAAACGUACCAUUGCAAGACAAUAUGUUCGAGGCUCUUUAGACGUUUGAGCUUAGCAAAUUACCGAGUCAGAGAAAUAACAUCAUUGUUCAAUCUUGUCUUUACUUCAGAACUAAAGUUACUCUUUCAAACAGCGUUCUUUCAAGAAAACAGCUAGCCUCUUUUGUUAGUUUUGCCUCCUAAUUCGAAACCCACGUAGAGAAUUCUUUUGAACCCAAGCUCUGGGCUCAAAUUAUACAAGAAAUUAUUACUAAGUAAACGGUACUGAUUUAUUACUUCUAAUGAGGCACCAUUGUGGCAGAAUUGUUGCACUCAAAUUUUCUCGAUUCUAAUUCCCAAAAUUAUUGUUACCUAUUAAUUAACGUAGUUUAUUAGUCUUAUAAUAAAUUAAUAAUUCAUCCCUAAUUGAAAUUAAGUUUACAUAAAUUAAAUAUCUGUUCAUUCGAAUAAUUUGUUGCCGCAGUAAUAAAACUUUGGUAAUCACAGACUCAAAGCUUUUAGAAAAUCAGUUUUUUCCGUACAUUUUCAGUAUUUUCCGGAAUUUCACCAUGUCAGCAUUGACUAAAAAAGCGUCUCACAAGGGUAGCCACAAAUCCAAAUCAAACCUGGGCGAAAUUUUUCUGGUUCAAGGACACCACAUUUAUGACAAGGUAGAUUUAACGCCAAUAUCAAUCGAGCUAGACAAAUCCCAUCAACCUGUUACAAAAAUUAUAUACGAUAGGAAAAUAUUUAACUUCCGAAUCAGAGUUUUCCCUCUUCUUGCGAAUCCCGGCGAACAAGCGCCGUGUUUUACACUUCUAAGGAACUACGAAGAUUUUGCUGAACUUGACAACCAUGUACAUACAUGUACUGACAACAUUCCGAAGGUCAGAGGAUUGCUUCAGCGUCGAGAUUUCACCCAACUUGAAAAUAUACAGAAUCUUCCGAAUCCCAACUUCGAAGAAUCCGUUUCUUACGUCGGCUUACGAGACGCGUUUGCGAAUUACAUAUCACGGUUGAACACUCUAAUCAAAGAGAGCCCGGAGAGUACUUUAAUGUGUAACGAGGUUCUGAACUGGUUUUGUCUGGAUAAUAUGGGGCGCCAGAUUACAGUGAUCCAGAAGGACAUCAACCAGCCGGGACUGUACACUGGUCAGUGCGUGAAGGAGUACAUGUCGCAGUGUCAGAAUGAGUUGUCGAUGAAGCCUGGAGAUCCGAUCACUGUGCUCAAGAUAUGCAAGCCCUCGGAGUCUGGAUGGUGGUAUGGAAAGAACAAAUUCGAUGUCGGAUACUUCCCCUUCGACUGCAUUAAACUCCUCGCCACCGAUGGAGACACUCAAGAACUGCUCGAUUCAUUCGCACCUCGAGUGAGCGAGGUAGCAAAAAGGCACGGGAAAAAAAUAGUUACCCUUAAGGAACUCCUCGAAAAACGACCGAAUCAGGAGGAACUGCGACGUAAGAAGAUCCUCAAAGACCUUCCGGCUCUCCAACCUCUAAGCCACUAUAUCGAAGAGCAAGAACGGACUCCUUGGAUAGUCGAGGUAUGUGUCAACUUUAUCAACAAGUACGGAAUUGUCAGCGGAGUUUACAGAAAACCGGGAAGCAUCAUAAACGUCGAGUUGCUUCAAAAGUUAUUCUCGAGAGGUAAGCUACGAGUGUCUGCGGACGAGUUGAUUGCUUAUUCUGAGAUCAAAAAUGAUCGCUAUUGCGUCGCGUCUUACCUCAAGCAGUUCUUUCGCGCUCUUAAAGAUCCUCUGAUUCUUGCCGACGUUUUCCAAAAAUGCGAAAAAAGUCGACUUGCAAAUAGAGACCUGGACAGUCGGAAAGAAGCUUAUAUCGAGGCACUUCAAGGUCUUCCGCAAGACCAUUGGAAUACUCUGAAGCUUCUAAUGACUCAUUUGCAUGAGCUUUCAAAAGAAGAUCAUAUCACAAACAUGAAUGGAGAAAACCUGGCUAGAAUCUGGACAAGUAAUUUGGUCAGACACAAAACACCGGAAACACUGAUGCCAUCAUCAGACCUAGAUGCUAUUGCAUUGAUGAAGGCUAACGUUUGCCAAGACGGCGACAUUAUUGCCGAUUUGAUCAAGCUAGUCCCUCAAAUCUUCGGAUACAAAAAAGCGGUACAGAAUAUUGACAAGUUCUUAAAGGCGAAACGAACUGUUAAAAUGAAAUUAAUCGGGCAGGAUGGGAAUAUGUUCCGAAGUAACACGGAGUGCGACUUGACGACAGUCGAAGGCAAAAAGAAGUCGUUUUCACCAGAUAUGUCUCGAAGAAUGACAACGGAUUCGGUUUCUGGAAAACUUUCUUCUACUCAGCGCAGGAGAUCAAAUAGCUUGCAUCUUGCUGAAAAUUCAAAUGAGAUCCCUGAAGCCGACGAAGACGACGGAACAGACUCUGGUCAGAUGCUUGGGGACGACAAAGAGAACAUAAUUGGUGCCAAAAACAAGCAGCGUGGUGACGUAUCAGGAACCGAAGGCGAAGCAUGCCCCAUAUCAGUUAUUCCUGUAAAUAAAACUCGUCAUCAGGUGACAGCUGUUACCCCUGAAGCUGGAAUGGAAUAUAGUGGUCCCGAACCACCAGUACUUCGACCGAACUCCUCGGCUAGGAACUCGUCGAAUAGCGAAGACAGCGGAACUGCUUCGGUUUCUGUCAUAGGACGAGGAUUGUCAGUUCAUCAGUUUUGACAAGUAAACAAAAACUACAAAAACAGCUCAUAUAAUUGAAAUGCUUAUUUUAUAUCGCACUAAAAUUCGAUGAUUAUGAAUCAUCAGAUGUUUAUUUAACAUAAAAAUUAUACGCUUAUACUUCAUUACUUUAUCCGAAUAACAUUCUGAGCCUUAAAUUCUG